UGUUGUUUUUUUUUACUUUAAUUUGCCCCCACCCUACCUGUUAAUGGAUCCCAAGGACUCCAAGCAGACUCCAGCUCAAGUAUCCAGCUUCUUAAGCAUGCCAGUGCCACCACCGCAACAAACCAUGGGAGAGAACAAGGCAGCUGAAAGCAAGGGUCCCCAGACUGUUGCAGAUAAAGGAGGGAAGAAACACCAGUUGGGUCCUAAGAAAAGUUCUACUUCUAACAAAGACAGGCAUACCAAAGUUGAAGGAAGAGGUAGGAGAAUAAGGAUUCCUGCUUUAUGUGCAGCUAGAAUCUUUCAGUUGACUAGGGAAUUGGGUCACAAAUCCGAUGGGGAAACCAUACAGUGGCUGUUACAACAAGCCGAACCUUCAAUAAUAGCCGCCACGGGGAGCGGAACCAUACCUGCAUCGGCCUCGGCAGCAGCUGGAGGCUCAGUUUCGCAUCAAGUGGCCUCUCUAUCUGCAGGGUUGCACCAAAAGAUGGAAGAUUUAGGGGGGUCUGGGAGCAGUUGGACCAGUUGGGCAAUGGGGAGACCCCAUCAAGUAGCAACAGGUUUAUGGCCCUCAGUCAGUUGUUAUGGGUUUCAGUCAUCAUCUGGUACAUCUACAACAAAUUUAGGCACUGAAAGCUCGAAUUAUUUGCAAAAGAUUGGGUUUCCCGGUUUUGAAUUGCCAACUACUAAUAUUGGUCAGAUGAGCUUCACCUCUAUCUUGGGAGCGGCUAACCAGCAGUUCCCUGGUUUGGAACUUGGGUUGUCUCAAGAUGGUCACAUCGGGGUUCUAAAUCAUCAAGCUUUAAGCCAAAUUUAUCAGCAGAUGGGGCAGGCUAGGGUGCUCCAGCACCAGCAACAACCCACUUCUAAGGAUGAUUCUCAGGGAUCGGGACAGUAAAGUUACAAAUAGUACCAUUCCUGAGAGUGGAUGGCUUUCUUUUUUGUAAUGUUCCAGUAUUGUAUAAUGG